UAAUUUUUAUGUCCUCCGCCCUCUACUCAUCUUCUGCUAAACUCCCCCCUUUUGUUUUCCAUCCGCCUUCUUCUCCAAUCUUGCCUCUGCCCACGCCCACCUGAGUGAAAUUAUCAGAAACAGCUUCGUCUUGGGUUUAUCUCUAGGCUUGUUCGUUUCGGGUUCUUCGAUCUGAAUUGGACUGGGAAUUGGGGGAGUUAAGGACAGGGAAAUGGCGGGAGCAGCAACUGAGGAGCCAAGUGCUGGAAAGUGUGAAGGAGUGAGCAGGCAGGCGAGCUGUCAAGCCGGGGAAGCGAUGGCGGAGUGGAGGUCAUCGGAGCAGGUUGAAAAUGGGACUCCAUCUACUUCACCUCCGUAUUGGGACAGUGAUGAUGACGAUGAUGGAGGCCCAAAACCUUCUGAGUUAUUCGGAAAGAACACAUGGAAGAUUGAGAAGUUCUCCCAGAUUAACAAAAGAGAGCUUCGCAGUGAUCCAUUUGAUGUUGGAGGCUAUAAAUGGUACAUUUUGAUAUACCCACAAGGCUGUGAUGUCUGCAAUCAUCUUUCCUUGUUCCUUUGUGUUGCCAACCAUGAGAAGCUUUUGCCAGGCUGGAGUCAUUUUGCUCAGUUCACUAUAUGUGUGGUCAAUAAAGAUCCCAAAAAAUCAAAGUAUUCUGAUACAUUACACCGAUUCUGGAAAAAGGAGCAUGAUUGGGGUUGGAAGAAAUUUAUGGAGCUGUCAAAGCUAUUGGAUGGAUUUAUUGACGCCGAUAGUUUGACUAUCAAGGCUCAAGUGCAAGUCCUACGGGAGAGAGCGGAUAGGCCAUUCCGCUGUCUUGACUGCCCAUAUAGGAGAGAGCUUGUGCGAGUCUAUUUGACAAAUGUAGAACAAAUUUGUCGCCGUUUUGUGGAGGAGAGAAGAGUCAAACUUGGGAAGCUGAUAGACGAUAAAGAUAAAUGGUCCAGCUUCUGUUCAUUCUGGAUGGGUAUGGACCAAAGCUACAAGCGGCGUAUGUCUCAAGAGAAAACUGAGUCAAUAUUGAAAAUUGUUGUGAAACAUUUUUUCAUAGAAAAAGAAGUCACAUCAACCCUUGUCAUGGAUUCCUUGUACAGCGGUCUUCGGGCUCUUGAAGGUUGUGAAAAGGGAAAAAAGAGCAAGGGUUCGGAGACUGAAGAACCGGGAGUUCCUAUAAUUCGCAUUGAGAAAGAUAUGUUUGUAUUGGUUGAUGAUGUGCUGCUACUACUUGAGAAGGUUUCCAUGGAACCUUUACCCCCAAAGGAUGAUAAGGGUCCUCAAGACCGUACAAAAGAUGCUGGGGCUGGAGAGGAGCUAACUAAAGAUCCUAUUGAACAGGAGGAGAGGCGGCUUACUGAAUUAGGCCGUCGAACUCUCGAAGUAUUCAUCUUAAGCCAUGUUUUUAGCAGUAAGAUUGAGGUAGCAUACCAGGAGGCUGUGGCUUUAAAGAGACAGGAGGAGCUCAUACGCGAAGAGGAGGAAGCUUGGCUUGCUGAGAUUGAGCAGAAAGCAAGACGCGCUGCAUUGGACAAGGAAAAGAAGUCUAAAAAGAAGCAGGCCAAGCAGAAACGAAAUAAUCGCAAAGGAAAAGACAAGGGAAAGGAUGAGAAGACUAGUAGUCCUGUAAAAGGCCAAAAUGAGCUGGAUCAGGCGAUUAAUGGCAAAGAUUCCGAAACUAAUGAUUCAGGAACAGCACUGGAAAAAUUUGAUACUGUAGAUGUUUCAGACGUGUCUGAUUCUGUGGAUCAUGUUCCUGAAAUUCUUCCACCAGAUUCUGAUGACAGAGAUCCAAAUCCUAGCAAUUGGGAUACUGAUACUUACGAGAUUCAUCCUCAGAUGGAAGCUUGUAGCAGUGGGAUUCGUGGGCUUUCAAUUGUACAAAAUGGAAGUUCCUCUGCUGUGGAUGAUACCGAUACUUCAGAAGUUCAUCCUUCGAUGGAAGCCUGUAGUAGCCGAAUUAGUGGACUUUCAAAUGUACAAAAUGGAAGUUCCUCUGUUAUGGAGGAUAUCGAUACUUCAGAAGUUCAUCCUCAAUCGGAAACCUGUAGUAGUGAGAUUAGUGGACUUUCAAGUGUACAAAAUGGAAGAAGUUCCUCGGCUGUGGAUGAUAGCUCAUCCACCUGUUCUUCGGACUCGGUUCCUUUUGUUACAGUAAAUGCUUCCCACAAAGGAAAUUCUCAGAAUCCCCAAAAUAAAAAAUCUUCCAGGAGAAGUCGGAAUUAUCAGAGCAAGGCAGCUUCUCACUCUCCUCAUUGGGCAAGUGAAGAACCGAGUUGUCCAUCUGAAGCCGCGCCGGAUUCAGGGUCCUCAAUUGAAGCUCCUCAAAAUUCCAAAGCCGCGAAUUGUUCAUCGCCGCAGAAGGCGCUGAAUGGAGCCCAAUGGAAUGCGCACGAUAAGUCACAGGUGCAAGAAAAUGGUUCCUCUCAUAGGAUUGCUCGCGUUAUCUCUCCGCCUCCAGUCUCGGUUGCACCUGCAAAACCAGAGCCGAAACCUACAAAUGAUCCCCCUGUGAUUCGGAAAUCAUCUCCCAAACAAGCAGAUAGAUCAGUGUCUACACAUACGUCCGAAAAGGCGACUGCGAUGAAACCAGAUAUGCCCAAGGUUGCGACUCCAAAGCCCACCGCAAAGCCGUCUGGCCAUGUCGGAAACGAGAAGCCUCCAGCCACGACUGAUAAGCCCUCGUUGCCACCUUCGCUGGUUGUGUCGAGGCCGUUGAGCGCUCCUCUUAUUCCGGGCCCUAAGCAGCCGGUUUCCGUCGCGGUUCCAGCAGUCCCGACGGGGCCAAUGCUGUCGCGGUCAGUGAGCGCAAUCGGUCGGCUUGGGCCUGAUUCUGCCGCAUCAGCCGCUUAUAUUCCUCAGUCGUAUCGAAACGCUAUUUUGGGAACUUCUGCCGCCGGAAACUUGCCUUCUGCUCAAGAUCACCCUGUAAGCUCGACCGUAAAUAUGUCCGUGCCGUACUCCCAGGCCCCCGGAUUUGUUUCUGCGCCGCUCAGGCCGGAUCGAGUCGACCCGAAUCCAAUCCGACAGAGCUUUUCGUUCGGAAUGAUGAAUCGACCGGAUAUUAUCCCGAGCAGAACUUGGACCGAAUUCCCCGAAAGAGAUGGUAACAGGAACAUGUCGGGGGCUUUGAGGUUGAACGAUCUGCAGCAGCGUUUCGACGGAUACGGUUCGGUGCACCGAUCUCGGGACCCCUUCGGAUUCCCGGCGAGUACGUCCACCCGUCAAAACCAGGUUGUUCCCGACGAAUUUCCGCACCUGGACAUUAUAAACGACUUGCUCGACGACGAGCAGGGUGUCGGGAGCUCGACCGAACUGAGCCAACGACGUCACGGUUUCGGGAAUGGCGGGCAUCGCUACCUGAAUCAGCAGUUUGGCUUCCUCGGCGAUCACAGCAUCUCGAAUGGUCCGGCGGGCCUGUCGAGAAGCUCGCGUAGCUUCGAUCACGGGUAUGCUGCCUCUUACGACAUGAUUCCCCAGGCGAGCCCCCGAUCGUACGUGAAUGGCCCCCUGGCCGAUAAUAGUUUGAUUCCUAACCAUUGGCAGAUUCCGGUCGGCGAUCUGACGUUUCCGAAUGUCCGGAACGCUGACAACAACGGCUAUUCUUACCAUAUUCCCGAGUAUACUCCGAAUAUCAACUCCGGCAACAGCUAUCCAGGAUUCCGACCCUCCAAUGGACACUAGAAGUAAAGUAAGUCUGUUUUACUUAUACGCUUGAUGUCGAUACCUGUUAUACAGCCGUCAUCCCGCCCGGCCGACGACGUGGGCUUGGAGCAGCAGGACAAUAAGGACCAGCAGGCCUCCACCCCACCCCAGGUAAGAAAAAUAGUGUUUUGUAAAGCACGAAUCUCUGUUUCUAUCACUGCUUUCAGUUUGGAGUUCUUAUUGUUAGUGUUGCUGAUGGCCUUCUAGUUUGAGAUUUGUUGGCCCUUUUUUUUUUUUUUUUUUUUUAACAUUCACUGUCUAACUUGUGUUGUGAUUACACUUAUUCUGCUUAGUGGUUUCUUUUUUUUCUUCUUUGUUUA